AUGUGGGUGGAGCUAAUUUGCGGUCUGAUUGUUUACCGAUUGUUGAAGCGCUACUUGUACGAAGACGAUGACCUCCUUGAUCUCGAUACCUCACAUUCCAGUGCCCUCUUCGCCGUCGCAAAAAGAUUGGAACAGCUUUAUUACGGGAGUAAAGUCUACGUUGGCCUUCAAAUUCCAGACGCUGAUUUGGGUUCUCGACAGAAUGUUGAUAUCGUUCUUGUUACUAAGGGAGAGGCACUGGUGAUAUCUGUAAUGGAUGUAUCAGGAUUCAUAUCCAUUGACAAGAAUGGGAAUUGGGUUUGCACUGGAGGAAGUAGCAACAAAACUAAGUGUCUUCCAGAUCCUACAGUUGAAACAAAACGGCUAGUUCCCAUUCUUGAAGCAUAUCUUGAACAAAGGGGAGUUGUUCUUCCAGAGGGAUAUCUGUCUAGCAAAGUCAUAUGUCCCAAUCCAAAAUUUAGCGCCAUUCACUCUGACGUGUUUCCACCUGAGGUCAUUACCUAUGACCAGUGGACACAGUUAAAACCCGAGCAGAAAAGUCUGCUUUCUGGAUGGAUCAAAGGUGCAUUUCACAGUGCAAAGAAAAAAAUGCAGGAAUCAUUAAAUGAGAAGCUUUGUUCCACCCUCAGCACAGCUCCAAUGUGGGAUAGGUUAGAGCUUAAAGGCAACAAGUAUGUCCUGGGAGAAUUUAUGGAGUUUAAAGGCAAACAAGAUGAUCUUCAGGCAUUAAUAAAUAUCAGGAGAUCAAAAGUUAGCCGUCUGAUUGUUCAGAAGAUAAGCAUGUUUGGUUUUGCUCAUUCCAGGAUCCUAGUUUUAUACUCUCCACGAGAUUAUCGCAAUGAAGGGGCUUCUUCUUCAGAGUGGAAAGAAGUGACGGUAAGGUCAAGCACUGAGGUUGUAUUUCAUCCUCAGAAUUCUACAAAAGUGCGAAAAUAUAAGCUGUCUUCAAUUAGUUCCAUGUCACUGAGCGCCUGA